AUGGAUGCGGUGCUGGCCGACGCGCUGCUCUCCCAGUGCCCCGAUUGGGGUGCGCUGCUGCGGACGGUGUGCGGCGAAGAGGGUGCGCUCAGCCUCGAGCGAGCGGAGGCGCUGCGUUUCCUUUUGGAACGGGCGACACGUGUCGGACCGCGCAACCAGGGCGAAGAGGCGCAACGGGCGGCCUGGGAGCUGGCGCUGCAUCGCUGCCUCCCGGCGCUUCUCAGUGGGAGCGGCGCGUCGGCGGGUGGAGGCCCGGAGAGUUGGCGGAGAUUCAUGACAGCAGCCGGUGGAGUGCUGCGUUCCUGCGUCUUGGUCUGCGGACCCCGCCUGGCGGAGCGGUUGGCCGGCGAAGUGCUGGAAAGCUGCGCGGGGAUUCAGGGUUUGCAAACGGAGGGCCGCGUCGAGGUUCUGUGUGCGGCGGCGCCUUGGCUGGGUGACUCCGAGCUGCUCAGGAGAACCGUGGCGGCCGCCCUGGAGCUGCUGCGAGGAGACGGGGAAGACGAGCAAGAGGAAGAGAAAGCGUUGCUGGUGGGCGGCAGGCUGUUGCCGGUGUUAGGAAGAAAUGGCGCCGCCCUGAGUCUCGUCUGGGAAGGCCUGGUGCUGUCGCCCCUCGGCGAUGCUCCGCGGGUGAACCGGACUCUGCUGGUCCUGAGCGCCCUCUCCGACGUCCUGUUUCCUCGACAGAACGGUGUCACACAUGGCGAGGCAGCUUCUCUGCUGGAUGCGAGGCUUUCUUGCAACUUUUGGGAAGUGGUGCAAAAGGGACUGUCGGAGAGCGAUGCUCUGUGCCGGAAAAGAGCCCGGUAUUUGUUGAAGAAAGCCGUCGAUGUAUCUGAUAAAGUGGCCUUGGAGUGCAGGUGUAACCUGGACGAUGGAAAUGGAUCUUGUUUGUUUUGGUGGUGUGCUGAAAAAAAAGAUCAAUUUACCCAGUUUUGGGAAAAUUAUAUUUUAAUAAUGGAGACUUUGGAAGGAAAUCAGAUACAUGUUAUAAAACCAGUUUUGCCAAAGUUGAAUAGCUUGUAUGAACUUGCAGUAUCAGAAGAAAUAGGUUGUUGGACGUUCCAUCCUUCAUGGCAUAUGUGCAUUUACAAAAGAAUGUUUGAGAGUGAAAACAAGACAUUGGCAAAGGAAAGUGUCAUUCACUUUCUUGAAAUCUGGCAAAGAAAAUGUCUUCCAUCAUCACAAGGAUUUUCAGAGUUCAUUAUUGGCCCUUUAAUGGAUGCUCUCUCAGAAAGUUCUCUUUAUAGCAGGGUAUCAGGUCAGAUUAUGGGCACUUGUCCACCAUUAGGAAUAAUUCUGCAGAAUUUCAUGGCAACUUACUUCACAAGCCUUCCAGAAAGUGAAAAAAGUAGCUUUUUGUUAAAAUUUAUUCAGAAGAUGAGCAGUAGGCACUGGUGCGCUGUUCCUGUUUUGUUUCUCUCCAUGGCCUUGGCACAUAUACCACAGUGUAGAGCACUGGAUAGCAAAGGGCUCCUUGCAUUAAGAAACGUUCUGCAGUGUACUAUGAUCACACAUCAGAUUCUUCUACGAGGAGCUGCUCAGUGUUUUCUUCUUAAAGCAGCUAUGCACUUAAUAGAUGCACAAAAAGUAUCACUCUCGGAUAUUUCAAACUUCGUUACGUAUCUGAAACCAGAGGAAUCACUAGGAAGAGGAACCGCUUUGUGGAGAAUGCUUUGUGAUUGGCUGCACAUAAAUGACAAGCACUUUCAAAAGACUUUAAACUGCGAAGUCCCACAAGAUAAAACAGCAUUAAGUGUUUAUGUGCAGCUUCUUGUGGAGGACUACCUGAAAACACCUCUUGCCAGUUCAGAAUAUUGUCUUCCGGACUGGUUUGAUGCUAAGCGGGUGGCUACAAUGAUUCUUCUAGCUGCAGAUGUGGAAGAGAUAAGGCACACAUAUAAAGACAAUAGCAGCACCGAACGGAUUGGCCUGAAGUCUCUCUUAAAUCCUCUGCUGGAUGUAUUGCUGAAACUUGGCACCAAUCCCUACAUCUCAUCACUGAAAGUUGAUAAAAGCCUACAAUUACUAUUGAAGAUAAUGCAGACUUGUUCAAUCAAAACUUCUAGACCAGAAGUUGAUGAAAUAAUAGUAUUUCUGCAGAAGUCAAUUAUGCUCGCCACUGAAAGUAUUUUGGAUCUUCUCCUCAGAAGACUCACUGCAAAUGAACUAAAUAUUAUGUCACAUCUGGAACAUUGUAAUUUAUAUUUGCAAGUGUUGUCAGAACUAAUAAGUUUUUAUUCAGCCAGUGGAUGGAGAAAAGGACCAUUUCUCUGCACUUUUGUCUCAUCUUUAAUAAAUACUUCUCUAUACAAUCUACAAGAGAUACGUGAUGACAAGGACAUAAAACUUGAAGAACAGAUUCAGAAGGUAGUAAGUAUGGCAGCAUUAAGAGUUGUUUGUGAAAUUAUGGAUCAGAAGCCAGACCUUCAGCUUCAGUUUCUACCAGCUGUUGACUCCCUUAAAACAGCUAUUUUCAGCACCCAACUUAACCAUGUAUUAAAGAAGCCUAACAACAUGGAACAAAAUAGUUCAGUUGAAGAAGCAGCAUCUCAUGAAGGAUGGGGGAAAAUUGUAGCACGUUACAUACAUGAUCAGUGGGUUUGUCUUCAUUUUGUUCUCAACAAUUAUCAAAAUCUUUCCAAGGACAAACAUUUAGAACAAUAUUUUUACGAUGUUCAGGACUACAAAAGAAUGUUAGAGUCUGCACUAGAAGCAAUAAUGAUUCUUCCUUCUGACCAUGUUUUGCCAGUUUUUCACUGCAUGAAGAUAUUUGUUUCCAAGCUUAUGGAAUCUUCUGAGUCUCUAUGCAUACAAGCUUUUGAAAUGUCAUGGAAAAUAAUAUUUGCUCUUAGCAACACACAACUGAUUUUUUGGCCUAAUUUAAAAGCUUUUAUUCAACUUGUGUUUGAUCCUGAAAUUCUUGUUACCACAGCCAAGUUCGAGAGUGAAGCAUACUCAAAAAUAAAAGAGAUUAUGUUUCAAAUGAUUGAACUUUCAUCUACAAAGACUGGAAUUUUUAAUGUUCUGGUAAGCCACUGCUGUCAGUCUUGGCUAUUUCCUCCUUCUGGUGAAAUAACUACUGUGGAAAAUUCCUUUUCAAAUGCUGGCAACUACAUUGAACUCCUUAUUGAGGCUUGUUUGUUUGGAACUAUUUUCAGGCGUGAUCAAAGACUCGUUCAGGAGGUGUACGCUUUUGUUGAAAAUCUUGGAGAUCAAUGUGCAGCAAAUGUUGUUACAGAAAGUAAGAACAGAGAUGACCAUUAUGUGCGAGUUUGUGCUAUCAAAUUUAUCUGCUUGCUGGAUGAAUCAAACAUGCAGCACAAGAAAUUUAUAGGAGAUUUUGUCAUGAGACUACUUGAUAAAGGUGAAUUAAUGUCCAAAUCAAAAGUCCGCUAUUAUGUGAACUCCUUACAACAUAGAAUUGAAAAUCGACUAUGGCAGACAUUGCUAGUUCUGUUUCCAAAACUUGAUGAGAAAGCACUAAUUGUUGUCCUACAGUGGUGUUUCCAUCACAAUUUUAGUAUUCGGCUUUAUGCUUUAAUUGCACUUAAAAAAAUUUGGGGAAUGUGCAGAGAAUCACAUGUGAAUGAUUUCGAUACUUUAACUUCAGUUAUUGAAUGUAGUCUAAAUCAAGUGGAACUCAUGCAUGGCACAGGGAAUGCUAAGAAGAAUUGGCAGCGCAUCCAGAAACACUUUUUCUUUGAACAUUUUCAUCCACUUAAGGAUUACUGCCUUGAGACAAUAUUUUACACGCUGCCACGCCUUUCAGAAACUCCUGAAGAGGAAUGGAUCUCUCUCUCUAAAUUUACAGCAUUCGGAGAUAUUCCAUUGAGUUCAACAUUUCCAUCCUGCCAUUCUCAAAUUACACUUCUUGACCUUAAGCCAAAUGACUGGACUCAGCAAGAUAUCGCUGAGCCCAAUAAUGAAAGACGGUGGAUGAACGUUCAAAAAAAAAUUAUCCCUUGCAAAGCCAGUGCUCCUGAUUUGGAUCUGGAGCUUAUAUUCCAAGAUCGUGCCACUAAACUUGGAAAAUCAAACAGGAAAUUGAUUGUAGUUGCUUCACUCAUUGAUAAACCCACCAAUUUAGGAGGCUUGUGUCGUACGUGUGAAAUAUUCGGUGUUUCUGCUUUAACUGUUAGCAACCUCCAUUAUAUAAAUGACAAGCAAUUCCAGCAUCUCAGCGUGUCUGCUGAACAAUGGCUUUCUGUUAUUGAAGUAAAGCCAUUUCAGCUGAUUGAAUAUUUGGAACAGAAAAAAACUGAAGGCUAUUCUAUAAUAGGAGUGGAGCAAACAGCUAAAAGUUGCAGUUUAAUGAAAUAUUGUUUUCCAGAGAAAUCCCUGUUGUUGUUGGG